AUGACAGACCUGUCACAUUCUCCCAUCGUGGUGAAUGGGCACCGUGACGAUUCUCCAGCUGUGCGGACGUUGAUGAUUGUCUUCACCUCCAUCGCAUUAUACAACUCCAUCGAAUUGUUCAUAUUGUUAUUUUUGACCUUUUCUCGGUACCGCGGACUUUACUUUUGGACGCUUCUGCUCUCGGUCGUGCUCGGAGUGAUCCCUCAUGCCAUUGGCCAUCUGCUUAUGUUCUUUUCUCUAGCCCCAGCAUGGCUCUCUUUGACUAUGUCCACCAUUGGCUUUUACGUCAUGGUCCCAGGUCAAUCGCUGGUCCUAUACUCUCGCCUUCAUUUGGUGGUCAAUAGCAACAAAGUGCUUCGGUUUGUUCUUUGGCUGAUCAUCAUUGACGCGAUUAUUCUCUUGAUCCCAACGACCGUUCUUACCUUCCUUACCGCAUACAUUGGAACUAAGCCAAUGAUUCGUGGAUACAAUGUCAUGGAGCGGAUGCAACUCGCCUGGUUCUGUGCCCAAGAGAUUGUCAUCUCGGGAAUUUACAUUGUCGAGACCGUGAAGCUGCUCAGAAUGAUGCCAGACAAGGACCGACGGCGGUCCAGAAUCAUGUAUGAGUUGCUUACCAUCAAUUUUGUCAUCAUAUUGCUCGAUAUUUGUUUACUCCUUGUGGAAUACAUUGGGUUUUACUCGCUGCAGACCACAUUGAAGGCCAUGGUCUACAGCGUCAAGUUGAAGCUCGAGUUCGGUGUGCUCGGAAAGCUGGUCGAUCUUGUGCAAAGUCAUCGAUCGCAGCCCACUUCGUUAGAACACGAAGAAUACCCAGGCUUCGUGGAUCCUUCCCAGAUUACAUCGGAUAUCACUCAUGCGGCCCCAAGGGAAUCGCGACCGGCGGGACGGAGAGGCUGGAAUACAUUGUCUAUGGAGAGCUUGCCCAGCUCCGAGCGCAGAAUUCGUCCAUCUACCCGGUCGACUGAUGACAGCCUGCAUCCAUCUUGA